AUGGCUCACCUAAUCCGACACAAGCUCACCAACAAGCUGACCAAUGCGGCCCACACGGUGUCCAACAAAUCUCAGGCCAAGGUCAGCGGGGUGUUCGCCCGGCUGGGCUUCCAGGCCGCGACGGACGAGGAGGGUUUGGGUUUCGCCGAGUGCGACGAUUUGGAUUAUGACUACAGGCAAGGGAUGCAAAUGGAUGUCCUCCAGGGAGACGAAGACGAAGGGGGGCACAUGGAGGGAGAGGGGGAGUUGGAGGGAGACAGCCACUACCAGAGAGACGGCACCGGCCCCAGGCCUUCGUCCCUGAAGACCGGAGGCUCGCUGGAUGAGGAUAAACCAAAAAUCACGUCAUGGGAAGCUGGAUGGAACGUGACCAAUGCCAUUCAGGGCAUGUUCGUCCUCGGCCUGCCGUACGCCAUCCUCCACGGCGGCUACCUCGGUCUCUUCCUCAUUAUCUUUGCGGCUGUGGUGUGCUGCUACACGGGCAAAAUCCUCAUCGCGUGUCUGUACGAGGAGAACGAGGACGGCAUAAAAGUGCGCGUGAGGGACUCCUACGUGGACAUCGCCAAUGCCUGCUGCGCGCCCCGCUUCCCAGCGCUGGGUGGGCACGUGGUGAACGUGGCUCAGAUUAUCGAGCUGGUCAUGACCUGCAUUCUUUACGUUGUGGUCAGCGGCAACCUGAUGUACAACAGUUUCCCGGGGUUUCCCGUCUCCCAGAAAGCCUGGUCUGUGGUGGCCACGGCCGCGCUCCUGCCGUGCGCGUUCCUGAAGAACCUCAAGGCCGUGUCCAAGUUCAGCUUCCUCUGCACUGUGGCGCACUUCGUUAUCAACGUCCUUGUGAUUGCCUACUGUCUCUCCAGGGCGCGCGAGUGGGCCUGGGAGAAGGUCAAGUUUUAUAUCGACGUGAAGAAAUUCCCCAUUUCCAUUGGUAUCAUCGUGUUCAGCUACACCUCCCAGAUCUUCCUGCCCUCCCUGGAGGGAAACAUGCAGAAGCCCAACGAGUUCCACUGCAUGAUGGAGUGGACUCACAUCGCCGCCUGCGUCCUCAAGGGCCUCUUUGCCCUGGUGGCCUACUUGACAUGGGCAGACGCCACCAAAGAGGUCAUCACGGAUAACCUCCCUUCGACCAUCCGGGCUGUGGUGAACAUCUUCCUCGUCGCCAAGGCGCUGUUAUCUUAUCCGCUGCCGUUCUUUGCUGCAGUUGAGGUUCUGGAGAAAUCCUUGUUCCAGGACGGCGGGAGAGCCUUCUUUCCUGACUGUUACGGCCCCGGUGGGCAGUUGAAAUCAUGGGGUCUGGGCCUUCGGAUUGCCCUGGUAGUCUUCACCUUGCUUAUGGCGGUCUUUGUCCCCCAUUUCGCGCUACUGAUGGGCUUAACUGGGAGCCUUACCGGCGCUGGCCUGUGCUUCCUCUUGCCAAGCCUCUUCCACCUGAAGCUCCAGUGGAGGAAUCUCCUGUGGCACCACGUCUUCUUCGACGUUGCCAUUUUUGUUAUUGGAGGCAUAUGCGCCAUAUCUGGCCUCAUUCACUCGAUUGAAGGGCUUAUAGAGGCGUUCAAGUACGAUAUCCACGACUGA